CCGCUGUAGUCCCUCCCCGGGCCAGAGUGAGCACGGGGAGCCUGGGCUGCUAAAUGCUCCAGCCUCAAAGGGACGAUGGUGGAGGGCUGGUAAAGAUGGCGGCGCUCUCCGAGGAUGGGAGAUACGGAUUAAAUUGUGGCCAACAGAGCGCAGAUAGAGUCACCGUAUUACACGUCAAAUUGACCGAGACAGCGCUGAGAGCAAUAGAGAGCUACCAAAAUUGUAUGAUUAAAUAUAACUUUAAUCUUAAACUGUUCAAAUGUUGUAAUCUUGUAGAAGUGCUAGACAGAAUGUCCCUUCUUUCAGCAGCAAACAAUCAAGGGCCCCAAGGGCGCAUUAAAAUUCCCAAGACCGAUUCCUCUUCAGACACCUUCCACAAUUUUGAUUUCUACCUGUCUAAUGUGGGCAAGGACAACCCUCAGGGAAGCUUUGAGUGCCCACGAGUGUCGGGGUAA